UGAAAAGCAAAAGACAAACCCCAAAGAACUUACUUUUCAAGAACCAAGAUAAACAAACACAAAAGAACUAUGGCCGACAAAAUUAAACGAACUCUUCGCUCCCUAAAGCCUGAGAAUCUAAAAGACAGUUCAGGCGACAACAAGAAAAUGCCCUCUCAAACGCAGGGACAGGCAGCGCAAAUGCCUGAAGCCCGAAAGCCCAGCGAUAUCUCUGAUCUGCCGCUAGAACAGCAAUUCGAGACAGACUAUGACAAAUCGGGCAAUUUAGUGCCGGAUCCUGUGCAUUUUGAUAAGGACCAGGAUAUGGUCGGAGCGAGUUUAGAUGAUUUUACUGAACAUUAAACUUGAAAUUACGAAACAAUUUAAAAUGGGUGGGAGAAAUUGAGCGGAAAUAUCAACCUACUUGUGGAAUUUGUUACCUUUUUACGGUGUGCAUCGACAAUGUUGCAUGCAACUAGGAACCUUGAUUUAUGGGGGAAAGGUUAGGUCAAUGUAUUUUAACGUGAUAAUUCUAACUAAAUAUCGU